UUUUGGUUUACAUUGUAGGAAAUUCGUGUCUUUGUUGUUCCUGAGUUGCUGUCGCUGAAUUUUCACCAUUACUGAAACAGUUGUUACUUUCCUUGUGACUAAUCUCUUCCUGUUAAGCCAUGGGACGCAUAUUUCUUCAACACAUUGGAGGCUCUCGUCUUUUCACUUGUGGGAGUUGCAAUGUUGCCCUGACAAAUAGAGCAGAACUGAUUUCAACACGUUUUACAGGAGCCACCGGUCGAGCUUUUCUCUUCAACCGUGUGGUGAACCUUCAGUACAGUGAAGUGCAGGAUCGGGUGAUGCUGACAGGGAGGCACAUGGUACGAGACGUGUCAUGCAAAAACUGCAACGCUAAGCUGGGCUGGAUCUAUGAGUUUGCCACAGAGGACAACCAAAGGUACAAAGAAGGCCGUGUCAUCCUGGAGCGGGCUCUUGUCCAUGAAGUUGAUGGAAUGGACGAGCAAGUUGUAAAUGACAGCUGAUCUCACCUUGUACAUCUUUCCAUACUACUGGCCAUCUUUCAGUCAUUUAAUUUAUUUCUUUGCCAUUAUAGCAUCAUGACUUAACUAUGUAGGAGAGAAUAUUUUUUAAACUUCACGAAGACAUUUGUAACAUUGCCUUUAAUUUGGUAUGCACAUUUCUUGACCAAAGUUUUUUUAUCGAGUCAUCUUGAAGGGAUAAUUUUGUGCGGAAAUAAAAGUCCCUCUUGUCUUGUAGUUCACAUCCGAGACAUUAUUUUUCACUAAUCAUUGGACUUACUGAUAAGGUGUGUAAUUUUACUCAGGGAUAUUAAUGUUAAUUGAUUUGUCGUGUAAUUGCUAAUUCUCACCAGAAUACAGUGUGCACUGUCGGCCAACUGAAGCCCGCAAUGAAACCAUGUAAAAAGAGAUAGGUCUCUUAUUGGAAUCAGAAUGUUUCUGCAAGCCUAAAAAUUGCAUUGACUAAAAUUGAAAAUAAGACAUGAAGUAGUCAUGGUGACACUCAUAACAUAAUAUAUACAUCCGAAAAGUUCACAUUACUUGGAAACAUAAAUAUGAACAGUAUUUUCCUUCUUCUCUUUUGAAUAAUGUGUAAGGAUUUAAAAUAUUAGAGUAUGAGUUUCCCUUGUGAUAGAGGCCAAAGAAAACUUUCUUUUAUGAUCUUAUUUCCUAAUUUGAAGGGUGUUGCUAUAUUCGUAUUAGAACUUUCUGGAUUGUCUUACAGCACGCCCCAUGCCCCAGAGAAAUAAUUCUACUGAUUUCACAUUAUUUUGCUUUUAUUAUGCAGGGUGGAAGUGCCUAUGAUGUAUCACUUUUUAGUUUGAAAUUUAAUUGCACUAUUUCCCCUUGAUGCUCCCUAGGGGUGUCAAGUGAGGCGAGUGCAGUUUCAUUGAUUUAAUUGUUUUACUUCUCCCAUUCGUAAUGGGUGAGCCUGGUAACUUGCAAAAAUCAGCAACGAGUCUUCAUGGCAGCAGAGUUGAUAAAAAGAACUCUUUUUUUUCUAUUGACUUCUCACCAGUUUUUAAUCUUCAGUGUCCAAUUGUAUUAAGUCAUAUUUCACAUUAUCAUAGUCCCUCUAGGACCUCAAUGAUGGAACAAUUCUUUAUACACGAAAAAUAUCUUUAAAGUCUAUGAAGUGUAGACAGCAUGGGCCACUAAUCAUUAUGUUCUCUUUUCAUAUAUGAAAUUAGAAAAUAGGCUUGGAGUGUGGGAAAAUAAGAAGAUUACUGUUGAAUUGAAAUUCUCGUUACUGUGGCGGGGGGGGGGGGGGGGGGGUCUUGGUGUCAUUUUGCACAACACAGAUCUUAUCAAAAAUUACUUUCUCCUUUUUUUUAAAUGUCAUAUUUCUCUUUCAAUUUUAAUGUCUAUGUUUUGUUCACUGUGCAUUUUCACGAGUUGUGAGUUUGUAGAUAAAAAUGUUGCUAGUUUCAGACCUGACAAUAACCCUGUUUAAGGAUUAUAAUUUUCUUCCCAUAUUUCCUUAAGAGUAAUUCAAUUCGUUUCCUUUCCCACAUUUUUGUCUUUGUAAGGUUGGGGUUUUUUGGUGCAUAAUUGCAGAUAUUUUCAGUCCUCUCUUGCCAUUUGGAAACCCCGGAAUUAAAAAAAGAAAUCAAUGCAGUAUU